AUGACUGGUGUUAUACCUCUCAAUCAACUUGCAGGUGCGCGCGGUGCCCACGGAAUCUUCGGCACGUGCAGAGGACCCCGACCCGAAACUCCCACGCCACACCUCGCGCCUCUAAACCCAGGACAUCAACUUGACUCGAUCACGCAUCCCACCCAACUUGUCUUCGUCGCAUCGCGACAUUCCUCCUUCCCGCACGACCUCCUACCCGACCCGGAAUUGUCCCGCCUCCGCAAUCCGACUUUGGCAUCCCGAUUCAACCCAACCGAACCCUGUCCGAAUCCCGCCAGCGCAAUGCAUGACGACGAGCCUUCGUUGAACAUACCCUCUCUUCUUACUCUGGCAGUGGUAUCCUUCUUUGUGUUACGAUGGUUCUUUAACCGCGACGACAGCCCCUCUACUGGCGGCCGGCCCCGCGGACGUGGGAAUGUCGUCGAUCCAGCCCAGGUGGAGCAGAUCUUGCAGAUGUUCCCUCAGCUGAGCACCCGUGAGAUCAUGUGGGACCUGCAGCGUAAUGGCGGCAGCGUUGCGGCGACGACAGAGAGAAUCUUGGCCGGGCGGGGUCUGGAAACUCCGCCUCCAUCAUUCCAACCCCAGGUUGUGAUGCCCGCGAAUCGCCCAGCCACGCAGGCUACCUCUACAACUGCAUCGACGUCGAAGGCGGGUGGGCAGGAUUUGAUAUCCCGUUAUAACCUGAGCGCGAAGCUCGCAAGUGAGAACGCAGAGGCUAUCUCAGCGACGCCUUCCAAAAAUGCCUGGUCCCAGAAUAAAGAAGAGCGACAACGGCUUCUGCAGAAGCGCCGCGACGAGAUGAUCCUCGCGGCGCGGAGGAAGAUGAUGCAAAAGGAGCAGGGUAAUGCCCAAUGA